GCUGCUAUUCUCUGCACCUAAACUGCCGAACAAAAAAAAUUCAAGGCUACACUUAACUAUACGUGCUUCAAAACACGGCCAAAUUCCAAAAUUCUUGCUCGAGCCGCAGCUGAAAACAACACUUGAAAACCAUGUCUCAGGUUCUUCGGUUGAAGCCUGUCCAAAAGGCGUUCCAUCUCUUCCACUAUCAUUUUCUCAGUGAACAGGAGCCCGGCAAUACAUUGGCUGAUCUCAACUUCGACACGGACAUCCGCAAAACGCUAGACAAAUUCCGGCAGAAGCAGUGGAAAGUCACCGAGAUUGCCCACUAUGGGUUUUUGUCCUCGGUUAUUUUCUUUGUUUUCAUUAUAUUCCCGGCAUCGUUUUUGAUCAAGCUCCCUAUCCUCGCAGCAUUCUCCACUUGCUUCUUGAUACCCUUGACAUCGCAGUUCUUCCUCCAUGCUUUGCCCAUCUUCACAUGGCUAGCACUCUUUUUUUCAGCGUCGAAGAUUCCUCACUCAUGGAAGCCGGCCAUCUCGGUGAAAUUUCUCCCGGCGAUGGAGACAAUUCUAUAUGGUGAUAACUUGUCAAAUGUCUUAGCAGAAACCAACAAUUCUGUCUUGGAUGUCUUGGCAUGGCUCCCUUACGGAAUUAUACAUUUUGCGUCACCCUUCAUCGUUGCCCUUUUUAUUUUCCUCUUCGCGCCACCUACGUCGUUGAACUCCUUUGGUUUUGCAUUCGGAUACAUGAACUUGACAGGAGUCUUUAUCCAGUUACUCUUUCCAGCUGCUGCACCUUGGUACAAGAAUAUACACGGACUCGAGCCUGCAAAUUAUGCAAUGAACGGUUCCCCUGGUGGCUUGGGCAGAAUCGAUGAGUUGUUUGGUGUGGAUAUGUAUACCACGACUUUUCAAAAUUCGCCUCUAGUUUUUGGAGCAUUUCCUUCGCUUCAUUCGGGGUGUGCUGUAAUGGAUGUGUUGUUUUUGUGCUGGUUGUUUCCUAGAUUCACCCCAUUAUGGUGGUCUUACGCAGCUUUGUUGUGGUGGAGCACAAUGUACUUGACCCAUCAUUAUUUCAUUGAUCUUAUCUUUGGCGCAGCCCUUUCACUAAUGUUUUUUACUUACGUGAAGUGUGCUAAAUUACCUGUCAUUGAUCCCUUGAAGUACUGUCGUUGGUCGUACUCUGAGCUCAAGCUUCCUGACUUGAACGAGAGGGACCCAUUGAACUCUUUCCUUCCGUUGCAUAAUGAUUUGGAGGCUGACGAAAAUCUAGAUUUUUUCAAUCAUCCACGGUUUAGUGGCAGCGUGAGUGAGGGUAUUGAAAUGAAUACUUUAGGCCUUCCGCACGACAUCCCUUCAAGAAGACCCUUAUCAAGAACAAGUUCCAUCUCUCCCCUGGAACUGGCUGUGAAUAAUCGCGUUGACGUACAAGAUGUUCUGGAGGUGGAUACUGAUCAUAGUAUUGCAGGAUCUGUUUUUGAUACUGAUAAACGUGAUGACGAAGUCCAGAUCAGUGUGACAACAUCCAACACGUCCGUCAAUGACAUGCUGUCCACGGCUUCUGCGCCUGCGAAAAAUAGCAUCUUGAUGUCAAAAAGUCAGGCCAGCAUAUAAAGCAUGUCACUGAGCCUACUGCGAUGACUUGACAUCUAACCUGAUCCGUCUCACAAAACUUAGUUUUACAAGUAUUCCCAGUCAGGCCUUUGGUCGGCGGUCCUGACUGUCUUUAAUCGACCAAUUCACAUAGCAGCCAUAGUCAUUAAAACAACUUUUUUCACCUAUCAGCUUGUG